UUGCCAUUAGCAACGCACAUCGGAGACAUACAUAUACAUAGCCUAAUUUCUGACUAGUUUUCCAAAUGGUUUUUAAAAGGAUAGAUCCAGGAUAGGUCGAAAUAGACCAAAAUAGAGCAAAUAUAAGGCAAUAAGGAUAAGCUAGGAUAAUUAUACGUUUCAGUAUAAAUAUUGAGUUUCAGUAUUUUCUGAUCACUCAGGUAUACAGUCAAACACUGUAUCGAAAAAAUCGUGCUACGUGCCUUACAGAAAAAUAAUGUAUCAAGAUUAAACUUUUUAUAAAUUAGUAUAUAAUAUUGCCUUUUUAUAUAAAAGUUAAUCAAUUAUUCUAUAUGAGUGCGAUAAAAUGUUUGAGUCGGAACACAUGUCAAAAUCUGGAGAGGAAAAGAAUGAUGCUAUUCAUAAUAUGACCAAGGAACUCAAAGAAGAGGUAGAAUUAUGCAAAGUAGAACAAAAUAUACGUUCCCAGCUACAAACUUUAUGCGAUGAAAGCAAAGAUAGCAAUAAUACCAUGCGUGAUUUUAUUUCAAGUGUACAUUUGGAAGAGUACUGCAAUAAAGAGUGUAAUAAUGUUCAAAAUGAAGUAAUCGCAAAUUUAAAACAGCAAAUUGGACUUUUGACAACAGAAAAAGAUUCUGCAUUUCAGCUGUUGCAGAUAAAAGAUAUAGAUGCUUCCGAACAAAAAUUAAAAAUUAAACAAUUAGAAUGGAAAUAUGUAAAGUAUUAUGAAGAGCAAUUGGAAAUUGUUAAACAAUCACAUUCAGAAGCUAUAAUGGCUUUAGAGAAUAAGUUACUUAAAGUUAAAGACGAAUUUGAAAAACAACACUCUCUCUGGAUGACAAGUAAAAAGACAAUAGAAACAUUAAAACAAGAAAAAUACAAAAUAGAGAAUAAUCUUCAGGAUCUCAAGCGAAAUGCUCAACAAAAAGAUAAAAAUAAUGAGGAUAUGAUACAAUCACUAACAAAGGAGUUAUUUGUUACAAAGACAGAGAUAAAGAAGUUUAAUGAUUCAAAUUUACAUUUAGAAAAACAAUUGUGCGAGAGCAAGAAAAUUGCCAAUAAUAUUAUGGCAAAAAAUGAAGAAACGAAAUGUAAAAUGGCCGAAGCUCUUGAUUUAAUAGAAAUUGCAAUAAAAGAGAAAAAUGUAGUGCUUGAAAGCAAGGCAAAAAUUAUGGAGCAAAAUGCCAAGUUGGAAGCUCAAUUGGCUUCCAUUGCUGAAGAACAUGCUAUUAAGAUGCGAGAGGAGAUUGCAAAGUUGAAAAAUGCUCAUGAGCGUGAUGUGAAGAAAUAUUUAUUAGAAAUUAAAGAGUUGAAGUCAGAAUUACGAGAAAAAGUGACCUUAUUGGAACAAUCAGAAAGAAGCAACAGAUUGCUAGAAAUGGAAAUGGAGAAAAUGCGCCAAUAUUAUGAUAAUUUAUUGGAAAAAUCAGCCGACAAUAUUCUUGGAAAUCUACAAUUAAAAUCUAAUGUUGACCAACCAGUUAAACAUGCAGAUCCCGAAUCGGAUGUUUGUAACAUGUGCAAAUUGCAAUAUAGUUCUGAUAUACAACAGUUGCAGGAGAAGAUUACUAAUUUAGAAGAAAACUUAGCAAUUUCAAAUGAUAAACUAAAACAAAUUCAACAACAAAACCUGAUAUUAGACGAGGAAAAAGAUAUGCUCAAACAUUAUAAUUGUUUAGAGAAUCUAUUAAAUAAAGCUACAAAUGAUAAGGAAUCUUUAACAACAGAAUUGAAAUCAUUGCAAUCGGUUUUUGAUAACAAAGUGAGUAAGAGAGAUUACAAACAAUGUAUGUUGAAAGAAAUAAUCGAAAAAUGCGAAAUGAAUCUUGAGAAAUGCAUAACGAAGAAUGAGCCAGGCACCAGUGUUUCUCCAGUACAAGUUUUCUCUCAACAUUGCACAGAUACAAUUAAUAAAGAUACUUUGAAUAUACGGAUUGAACAUAUGGAUCCCAAAUGGCAGUCAUUGUUGGAUGAGAAAUUAAAGGAACAACAAGAAAGUUUUGAUGAAACAAUAAAGAAAAUGAAAAAUUAUAUAAUAAAGCAUGACGAAUUAAAUAAACGCUGGAUUCAUGAAGCAAGAACUUCAUUCCAUCUUAUUCAAAAAUUUCAUGGCUAUUAUAAAGCUACACAUCGUAAAGUUUUAAAACAAAAUGAAACAAUACGUACAUUGGAAGCAAAAAAUGAUGAAUUACAAAAUUUACUUGAUAUAAAUAAGAAACUCUUACUCGAUAUAAAAAAAAAGAUGUAUACACCAGAUGCUGUAUCAAAAGAACGAUUAUUUGGUUAUGUGACAUCACUUGAGACCUGCCGAUGACAAUGUCUUAACUAUGGAACAAUUACAAUGGAUCUCAUAUGCUAUAAGUAUUAUAGAAUAAUUAAUUUUUUAUUUGAUGAAGACAUAUAUAUAUAUAUAUA